ACACAGGCACCGAACGAACAGGACAGCGAGAGAAAGCAAAGCGAGCUGCUGCUUCCUUAUCCGGUUCUUCGCCGUGAGCGCUCCACAGGGAACGGAACGGGAACUGGGGGAUCGGGAUCCUUACGUUGUUGUGUGUAUUAUCGAGCAAGCUAAGAGCCAUGGGCAGCGAGUGCAAGGGCUACGGCGUCGGCGUCGCCACCAGCCCGCAGCAGGAGCAGGAGCAGGCUGGCGCCGCCGUCGCACCGUUCGUGGCCAAGACGUUCCACAUGGUGAGCGACCCGGCCACGGACGCCGUCGUGCGCUGGGGUGGCGCCAGCAACACCUUCCACGUCCUCGACCCGGCCACCUUCUCCGACUACCUGCUGCCCUCCUACUUCAAGCACCGCAACUUCGCCAGCUUCGUCCGGCAGCUCAACACCUACGGGUUCAGGAAGGUGGACACGGACCGGUGGGAGUUCGCGCACGAGUCGUUCCUGCGGGGCCAGGCGCGCCUGCUGCCGCUGGUCGUGCGCAAGAGGAAGAAGGCGGGCGCCGGCGCCGGCGGCGGCGGCCGGGAGCUGUGCGAGGCCGGGGAGGAGGUGCGCGGGACCAUCCGGGCCGUGCAGCGCCUGCGGGAGCAGCAGCGCGGGGUGGAGGACGAGCUGCGGGCCAUGGACCGCCGCCUGCGCGCCGCCGAGAGCCGGCCGGCCCAGAUGAUGGCGUUCCUCGCCAAGCUCGCCGACGACCCGGGCCUCGUGCUGCGCGCCAUGCUCGCCAAGGAGGAGGAGCUGGCCCUGAUCGACAAGGGGUCGGAGGCGCAGCCGGCCAAGAGGCGGCGGAUCGGGGCUGAAGCCGUGGACCUGGCGCACAGCAGGGGCGGGGGCGCCGUGCCGUUUCCGUUCUCUGUUCUCGGCCAAGUGUUCUACUAGGGUAGAUAGGGACUGGUGUAUAUAUGACUUGCACUGUAUUAUAGCUUUGCCUCGGUUUCAGCAGUUACUGCCUUCCGUUUUA